ACAUGUCUUUAGAGGCUGACACUAGCAUGGCAAGCCAGUGGAGGUGAAAACAGCCUUUUGGAAGAUCUUGGGAAGAGUGCCUGUGCUUCCUCAGGACCAGACCUUAUGAAAAGAAGCAUGGCGGUGAACCACACCUUUGCUCCAGGCUCAAUGGAGUUUGCAAAAGCUCAGGAAGACCUCCAAGCUGAGGCUAGCUGCCCCAUCUGUCUGGAAUACUUCAAAAGCCCAGUGACCUUGCCCUGUGGGCAUAACUUCUGCCUCUCCUGCAUCAGGUCAUCCUGGAAGGGUCAAGAGAAGAGUUUCCCCUGUCCUUCUUGCCAGCUUAACUGUCCAGAAAGAAAAUUCUCAAGCAAUCUCCAGCUGGGUAACUUGACUCGGAUUGCUAAGCUGUUCCCCACUGGAAGACGCAAGAGAAGACUGCAAGGCAAGCUCAUGUGUAAGAAGCACAAAGAAGCCAUGGCCUUUUUCUGCCAGAAGGACCUGGAGGUUUUAUGUCGCCGGUGCUGCUCCACUAGUCACCAGCAUCACCGUAUUUGGCCCAUACAGAAGGCUGCACGCUUGCAUAGGAAACAACUAGCAUGUUCCAUGGAGCUGUACAAAGACAGGAUGGAGCGAGUUAAGAAAGUGCUAGCCAUGCAGACUAGAAGACCCCUGGAACUGAAGAGAAAGGUAGAGCGAAGGAGGAAAGAUAUAAACUUUGAAUUUGAACAACAUAGGUUGUUUGUCAAAAACCAACACGAGAUGCUCCUUAAGCAAUUGCAGGAAGAAGAAAUAGUUAAUUCAGCAAAACUAAGUGAAAGCCUCGCCAAAACUUCAGAAUAUGCCUCCUCAGUGAGAAUCCUGUUAAAGGAAGUAGAAAAGAUAUGUGUACAGUCAGAAAUGGAAUUGCUGACAAACCUUAAGAGUGUCUAUGACAGGUAUAAAGGCUUAAAGAGCCCAGAAGAUUUUUCAUUCACUUUCGAAGACUGUGGAAACUGGCUUCCUCCACAGUAUUCAGGCCUCAACCCAAUCAUCAAGAGCUUCCAAACAGAUGUAAUUCUAGACCCUGAAACAGCACAUUGUCGACUCAGGAUCUCAGAAGAUGGGAAAUCUGUGCAAUAUGGAUGCAUGCAAAAAUAUCCGCCCCUAGCAAGCAGGUUUUAUCUCUGCCCAGCUGUUUUGGGAUCUAAGGCAUAUCAUUCUGGAAGGCAGUACUGGGAGGUAGAUGUGAAAGACAAGCGUGAUUGGAUCGUGGGUGUUUGUAAACAGUCUCUUCCCAGGAGGAAAAGGGAUCAGAAACAACAACUCUUAAAACAGGACGGAAUAUGGGCAAUAGGAUGGCAUUUCAAGUCUAAUUAUAUUGCCUUGGGUUCUAAGAGAAUCUACCUCCUGCCAAAAGUAACACCUACUAAGAUUGGUGUGUUUUUAGACAUUGAAAUGGGUGAGAUUUCCUUUUACAAUUUAGAUGAUGGAUCUCUUCUUCAUAGUUACAAUGUUGUUCAUUUUAAUGAAGCACUUCUGCCUUAUUUCUACGUUGGAACUGACAGUAAACCCCUUAAAAUCUGUACAGUAACAGAUUCUGAGUGAUGAAUUAUUGGAAGACUUUUUCUUUCUGUUAUUUGACAUAUCUGUUACUUGACACCAGUAAUCCCAGCUAUGCUGGGACUGAAGACGCUCUAUCCAAUACCCAGC